CUGUGUGACACUAUAAAAUAAUAAGCCAUAAUAUGAAUCUAAACUUACCAUAAUCAUAAAAAAAGAGUUAAAAUGGCACCAUCAUCAUCAUCAUCAACAAAAGCAUUAGAUGAUUUUCAGGACAGAAUUUCGAAUCUACCUGAUGCAAUCAUUCUACAUAUACUGUCGUUUCUUCCAACUAUUGAUGUCGUUUCAACUAGUUUUCUUUCACAUCGUUGGAAACUCAUGUGGUAUUUAAUCCCCGAUCUCUCUUUCUCCAUUACAACUACAAAUUACAAAACUGUUAAAGAACAAGAAAAGGCUCUCAAUUAUAUAGACCUUUGUUUGGAACACCGCAAGAGAGGUAUGUACUUCAUUCGCGACUCGUUCUUAAACAGUUUUAAGCUUCAAAUGGAUUGUUAUUAUAAGAGAAAAACAGGUCGUUACAUAGAUAAAUGGUUAGCUUUCGCAGUUUUGAGAAGAGUUAAGCAUGUAAGUCUUUGCUUAAACGCAGGAGAACCAGAUGAGUAUGGCGAAAAUUACUUUCGCUUACCAAACUCAUUAGUACUCCAUGCAAAAUUUUUGACUAGUUUGGAAUUGAAUGGAGUGGAGUUAGAUAGAUAUUGUGUAUUCACUUUUCCAUCAUUAAAAUCACUUACAAUGAUUAAUGUUCAUAUUGCAAAUAGAUUUGUAAUAGAUAAACUCAUGUUGGGAACCCCUUCACUUGAAAAAUUGUUGUUAAAUUGUUAUUACAACACUUUUCACCCACAUCAACUACACAUACGUAGUUUAAGCCUCAAGUUGUUGGAGAUUAAACUCGUUAAGAUUCAAAGUGUUGCUGAGAGAAUGAUAAAGCAAAUCGAAAUAAAAAACCUUGAAUCUUUGAAACUAGAACGAGUUUCGUUUGACAAGUUAAAAUUCUCUUCAUGCAAGACCAUUAAAAAUCUUUCCUUAACUUGUUAUUGGGAUAUGGAAGAGUCUCCAACAUUAGAACGUUUCGUUUCGAAUCUUCCUCUUCUUGAAAAAUUGACAUUAAGCAACUGGAGUGAAGGGAGGUUGAAGAGAAUUAAAAUCUCUAAUCAAAAGUUGGAAAGUUUAAAUGUGAAUAACCCUUAUGAUGAUGAAAUGAAUGUUGUGAUUGAAUCAGCUCCAAAAUUAGCAUCAUUUUGUUACAAUGGUAACUUAAAUUUUAGUAUUUCAAUGGUGUCAUCCAAUUUGUUGAAUGGAACGUUUGGAAUUGUUGAGCGGCGGAAGCAUUAUGACAUAGAUUGGUUUAUCAAUAUGAUUAAUUUUCUUAUAAAUCUCAAUUGUUCAUGGAAUGUGGUAACAAUCCAUGUUGACAAACCUGAGGCUCUCAUAUUUCCCAACAAAUUGAAGAAUGUAAUUGGACAUAUGAAGAGUGUGAGUCGUACACCUUUGGUUAAAUUGGAACAUCUUAGAGUUCUUACUGAAUGUAAACCAGAGAGGGAAUCAGACUUGAGAGAUACUCUGUUGUGCAUUUCUCCUUAUUUGAAGACAUUAUCUAUAGCCAAAGGAGAGUCAUCUCAAAACUUUUCAGCACAAGUCUUGUAAACUCUGUCUUAAUUAAUUUCUUUGCUAAUAAUGGCUACAUUAUCUUGAGGUUGUAAUAUUUAGUUUAUGGUUGGUUUCAAUACUUUUCAUAAGAAUGGGAUUUGUUUUGUUCUUAUUAUUUUUUGGUUGUAUUGUAGAUUUUUCUUUUCCCUUGUAUUUUGAUGCUUGAAUUGUCCUUGAAAUUUUCAAAAGCUGCUUGUUAAUAUAGUUUGGUACUAAUUUGUUGUGCAAACAUGCGUUCUGCUACAGCCAUGAAGAAUUGAAUUGAUAUUUAUUGUCGUGCCUCGGGCCAAAAAUUGAAUGUGGUGAAGUCUAUUUUGUCUUUUUCGCCAAGCACUUUACCAUCAAUUCAAGCUAAUUUGCAACAAGUUCUUCUCAUGUCGAUUCAACCAUGCCAUGAGCGUUACCUAGGUCUUCCAUCUUAUUUAAGAAGAGACAAAAAAAAAUUAUUUGGGGAGAUUAAAGAAAAACUUUAAAAGCAUCUUUCAGCAUGGCAAGAACAAUUAUUCUCGAUUGGUGGCAAAGAAAUUCUACUUACAAUUGUUGCUCAAUCCAUUCCGACUUAUGCAAUGAGUUGUUUUCGUCUCUCAAAGUCUCUUGUCAACCAAAUUAAAGUAAUGAUGAAUAAAUUUUGGUGGCGUUCUGGUAUAUAAAUUGGAAAGCGUGGUCAUCUCUUCGCCAAUCCAAGGUUGAAGGUGGUAUGGGUUUUAAGAG